GACCGUAGCUAGUACUCCACGAGGUUCUGUAUCGCGUCAACGUGUGAACAAGGUGAUCAGCACAGACGCGGUUUUUUGCUUUUUUACUUUCUUCGCAAAGUCGAAUUCGACUCUACGAGAGUAGAAUGCAUCUCCACGUGGUGUUUAUGACCUGCGCAGUGGUGGUUGCUGUGAGCAGUCACUGUGACUGCGAUUGUCCCUCGUUUAACCCGGGUUGGGAUGAUGACUAUCAGCCGGAUUUUCGACCACCAACGAACCAUAGACCACCACCUAGCACUUGGACGCGGACAACGACUCCAACCACCAAAAAACCGCCUCGCACUACGACGUUGAGACCGACGCCAACCACCAACAAGCCAGUACAGCCGACGGUGGUUUCGAGGUUCCAAGUAGAAGGGGUGGACCUGACCACGAUACAGCAGGGGCAAGUUAACGAGCUGUACUGCCUCGUGGUGCUGGACAACCUGAUAUCUAAACAAUGGCAGGAGGAGAUCGACAGACUAUCUAUAAACGAUUUGGGAAAUUUCUCGACCGUAGCGGCGGUGCCGGUGUUCAAGAACCUCUACAGCAACCCACAGUCCGAGUGGUUACUGGACGAGGGGAUGGCUCUGAACAAGCUCGACAAGUGCGUCAGGAAUUUAGUGAGCAUGGUUGCGCCGAAGAUGGACUCCGAGGAGAUAGAGUGUCUUAAUAGAAUGUACCCGAAGUACCUGGUGAAGGAAAACAGGACCGCGAUGCUCAUGGAACAGUUCAUACAGGAAUCCUCGCGCGAACAGCUCCCCUUCAAAUCGUUCUACACUUACCGCGAAAUUACCGAACUCCUAUUCCAGAACACGAAUCCCGACGCCCUCGACGAGGACCUGCGAGCGAUAUACGAGGAUAUGACAGAUCUGUAUAUCAAGACUGAGGAGGACAAGAACAUGAAGUUAUUCAUAAUCGAACAGGAGUGCGAGUUCAGGAACGCGAGGGUACUCAGAGAAGUGGGAAUUGAGAAUGCAAGGUACGAAAAAUUCGGGGAACUGGUCAAGUCUCACGUAGACACUUAUCUCGUUGCCGAAAUACUCCAGAUGUGGGUGCCUGGUUCGAUAAUCCCGGAAUACAGGUACAACUUGUGGAACAAAGCAAGGAGCCGUAUGGAGAAGAUGAUCUUGGACAAGAUAAAUAAUCUUAAGAGAGAGAAACGGGAUGCUCAAUCACUUUGCACACACGCUGCGGAAUUCGCGUACGAUUUCUACGUAGAGCAGAAAGAUAUCAUAUUUGACAAAAUGCCGAAGACUUCACUGUCGUUUGAACUCGAAGCGAGCAAGAAGUAUUCGUACAUUGUGGCACUGGAAGAGGUUCUCAAGGCGAAAAAUGACUACCGUCUACCCGGGGUUCAGCCUAUAGUGGCUAACUACAAAGCGGGUUCUUAUUGCCUGACCAACUUCGUUCGGAUGAUAGAAAAUCACCAGCGUUACAUGAUGGCCGUCGCAUUCGUCGGCACCCAGCUGCCCUACGGAUACGCGUACUGCAACGUCAAAGAAAUGUCGUCUGGUUUAGUCCAGCCGAGAUACUGCAAGUGUCAGGGGACGUUUUGUGAAAAAUUUGGAGUCGCCACUGUCAGGGCUGAACGAUUCCAGCUCAACCUGCUUCCGGACAACACUUAUGCUGUAAUAAAAAACUCUUCCUACCACUAUAACCGCGAAGAUCUACUCAUCAGAACUGCCAACAGCAGAAUAGCUCACCAAAAAUUCAGUACUUGGUGGUACCGACACCAGAAGAAUCCCCCGAAACUCAACAUUUAAGCUAUACGC